AUGGCAAGAAAGAAGUUCAGUGGAUUGGAAAUCUCUCUGAUUGUCCUCUUUGUCAUUGUUACCAUCAUAGCUAUCGCCCUUGUUGCUGUUUUAGCAACAAAGACGCCUGCUGUUGAAGCCAAGUUAAAAAGGAUACCUUCACCUACAGUCUUUGGAGGUGACCUUGACAAUGUUCUUUUAACAACUCAGAGUCAGACGGUCAAUCGUUUCCGGUUUAAGAUUACCGAUCUAAACAAUGCCCGAUUUAAAGUUCCUCAUCAGUAUAUCCAAGAAUUCACUGGGCCUGUACCUUCUGAGACAGCGUACGAAGUGCAGGUUACUGAAAUCCCCUUCAGUAUCAAAGUUAUUAGGAAAAGCAAUCGCAGAACUUUCGCUGCGUCUGCGCUUCACUUCUGCUCAUCCCUGAACAGCUUUGGGAACACUUUCCACACAUCUUUCUCAUACCGAGAGUUUCAUUUAAGAUCUUCCUAUUUCUCUGCUGAUAUGUAUUUGGUCUGCUAUGCUCCCUAUAGCCAGAAUAAUAAUAAUUUGUAUGGCCAUCAAACAUUCUUCAUGUGCAUUGAAGAUACUUCUGGAAAGUCAUUUGGUGUUUUCUUACUGAACAGCAACGCGAUGGAGAUUCUCAUCCAGCCGACUCCAAUAGUAACCUACAGAGUUAUUGGUGGCAUUCUGGAUUUUUACAUCAUUUUAGGAGACACACCAGAACAAGUAGUUCAACAGUAUCAAGAGCUCGUUGGGCUACCAGCAAUGCCAGCCUAUUGGAGUCUCGGCUUCCAACUGAGUCGCUGGAAUUAUGGGUCUCUGGAUGUAGUGAAGGAGGUGGUGAAGAGGAACCGGGAUGCCGGCAUACCCUUUGACACACAGGUCACUGACAUCGACUACAUGGAAGAGAAGAAAGACUUUACUUACGACCAGGUUGCUUUCCAAGGGCUCCCUGAAUUUGUUCAAGAUUUGCACGACCAUGGACAGAAAUACGUCAUCAUCUUGGACCCUGCAAUUUCCAUAGAGAAGCGUAUCAAUGGCGCAGACUAUGAGACCUAUGACAGGGGCAGUGCAGCAGGUGUGUGGGUGAAUGAGUCUGACGGAUUCACACCGAUUAUUGGAGAGGUAUGGCCAGGAUUAACUGUCUACCCUGACUUCACCAACCCAACCUGCAUAGAUUGGUGGGCUAAUGAGUGCAGUAUUUUUUACCAAGGAGUGAAAUAUGACGGACUUUGGAUUGACAUGAAUGAAGUUUCCAGCUUUAUUCAAGGUUCAAAGAAAGGAUGCAAUGAAAACAAAUUAAAUUACCCACCUUUCACUCCAGAUAUUCUUGACAAACUCCUGUAUUCUAAAACAAUCUGCAUGGAUUCUGUGCAGACCUGGGGGAAGCAGUAUGAUGUUCAUAGCCUCUAUGGAUACAGUAUGGCAAUAGCCACAGAGAAGGUAUACAGGGUGGGAGCAGAUAUCUGUGGAUUUGUGGGUGAAACCACAGAAGAGCUUUGCAGAAGGUGGAUGCAACUGGGAGCAUUUUACCCGUUCUCCAGAAACCACAAUGCUGAUGUGUACCAGCAUCAGGACCCAGCAUUUUUUGGACAGAAUUCUCUUUUGGUCAAUUCAUCCCGGCACUAUUUGAGUAUUCGCUACACACUGCUACCGUUCCUCUAUACCCUGUUUUAUAGAGCCCAUAUGUUUGGAGAAACAGUAGCAAGACCAGUUCUUCACGAGUUUUAUGAGGAUACCAACAGCUGGAUUGAGGACCUGGAGUUUAUGUGGGGCCCCGCAUUACUGAUUACUCCUGUUUUAAGACAGGGAGUAGAUACAGUGAGCGCCUACAUCCCUGACGCCACCUGGUACGAUUAUGAAACUGGUGCAAAAAGGCCGUGGAGAAAACAACGUGUUAAUAUGUAUCUGCCGGCUGACAAAAUUGGGUUACACCUUAGAGGCGGCUAUAUCAUCCCCAUUCAAGAACCAGAUGUAACAACAACAGCAAGCCGUAAGAAUCCGCUAGGACUUAUAGUUGCAUUAGAUGAAAAUAAUGCUGCAGCCGGAGACCUCUUCUGGGAUGAUGGAGAAACUAAAAAUACCAUACAAAGUGGCAGCUACAUAUUAUACAGAUUCUCAGCUUCUAAUAAUACUUUGAAUAUUGAAUGCACACAUUCAGGGUACCAGGAAGGAACCACCUUAGCAUUUCAGACCAUAAAGAUUCUUGGGUUGACAGACACUGUUACAGAAGUUCUGGUGGCAGAAAACGGUCAACAAAUGGCCGCCCACCGCAAUUUUACUUAUGAUCCUUCAAACCAGAUUCUCCUAAUUAAGAAUCUCAACUUCAACCUUGGAAAAAGCUUUAAUGUCCAAUGGAAUCAAGUUUACUCAGAAAAUGAAACCUUUAACUGCUAUCCAGACGCGGACAGUGCACCUGAAGCAGAGUGUAAACAGCGGGGCUGUUUAUGGCGAGCGGGAGUUUCUCUAUCCAAAGAACCCGAAUGUUACUUUCCAAGACAAGACAACCCUUACUUAGUCAAGUCAAUGCACUAUUCAUCAACGGGUAUUACAGCUGACCUUGAAUUGAAUGCUGCAAAUGCUAGAAUAAAGCUGCCUUCGGAACCCAUCUCCACUCUGCGUGUGGAGGUGAAAUACCACAAAGAUGAGAUGCUGCAGUUCAAGAUUUAUGAUCCCCUAAACAAGAGGUAUGAAGUUCCAGUACCAUUGAACAUUCCAACCACUCCAACAAGUAGUCAUGAAAAUCGACUUUAUGAUGUUGAAAUCAAGGAAAAUCCUUUUGGUAUCCAGAUUCGACGGAGAAGCAGUGGAAGAGUUAUCUGGGAUUCUCGCCUGCCUGGAUUUGCUUUUAAUGACCAAUUUAUUCAAAUUUCCACUCGCCUGCCCUCAGAAUAUAUCUAUGGUUUUGGGGAAGUGGAACACACAGCGUUUAAGCGAGAUCUGAACUGGAAUACGUGGGGAAUGUUCACGAGGGACCAACCCCCUGGUUAUAAACUUAAUUCCUACGGGUUUCAUCCCUAUUACAUGGCUCUGGAAGAAGAGGGAAACGCCCACGGAGUUCUCUUACUCAACAGCAAUGCCAUGGAUGUUACCUUCCAGCCAACUCCUGCUCUAACUUACCGCACAAUUGGAGGAAUCUUGGAUUUUUAUAUGUUUUUGGGCCCAACUCCAGAGGUUGCAACACAGCAAUAUCAUGAAGUCAUUGGCCGCCCAGUCAUGCCACCAUAUUGGGCCUUAGGAUUCCAACUUUGUCGCUAUGGAUACAGAAACACUUCGCAGAUUGUGGAAGUCUACGAAGGCAUGGUGGCUGCUCAGAUCCCCUAUGACGUCCAGUACACAGACAUUGACUACAUGGAAAGGCAGCUGGACUUUACAAUUGAUGAUGAAUUCUCUGAACUUCCUCAGUUUGUUGACAGAAUAAGAGGCGAAGGCAUGAAAUACAUUAUUAUCCUGGAUCCAGCAAUUUCAGGAAAUGAAACAAAACCUUACCCUGCCUUUACCAGAGGAAUAGAGAAAGACGUCUUCGUCAAAUGGCCUAACACCAGUGAUAUUUGUUGGGCAAAGGUGUGGCCAGAUUUGCCCAAUGUAACAAUAGAUGAAACUAUCACUGAAGAUGAAGCUGUUAAUGCUUCCAGAGCUCACGUGGCUUUCCCAGACUUCUUCAGGAACGCCACAGCAGGGUGGUGGGAAAGGGAGAUCAUAGAUUUCUACACUGACCAGAUGAAGUUUGACGGCUUAUGGAUUGAUAUGAAUGAACCAUCAAGUUUUGUAAAUGGAACAACCAGUAAUCAAUGCAGGAAUGAAAGGCUGAAUUACCCACCUUAUUCCCCAGCACUCACAAAAAGAUAUGAAGGACUCCAUUUCAGAACCAUGUGCAUGGAGACGGAGCAGAUUCUCAGUGAUGGGUCCUCGGUUUUACACUAUGAUGUUCACAAUCUGUAUGGAUGGUCACAGAUAAAACCCACUUACGAUGCACUACAGAAGACAACUGGCAAAAGAGGGAUUGUCAUUUCCCGUUCCACAUACCCUACCGCGGGCCGGUGGUCAGGACACUGGCUUGGGGACAACUACGCGCGGUGGGACAAUCUGGACAAGUCCAUCAUUGGUAUGAUGGAAUUUAGUCUCUUUGGAAUCUCAUAUACUGGAGCAGACAUCUGUGGAUUCUUCAAUGAUUCAGAGUAUCAUCUCUGUACCCGCUGGACUCAACUUGGAGCAUUUUAUCCAUACUCCAGAAACCACAACAUUGCAUUUACUAGAAGACAAGAUCCUGUUUCUUGGAAUGAAACUUUUGCUACAAUGGCAAGGGAUGUUCUAAAUAUUAGAUACAACUUACUGCCUUAUUUCUACACACAAAUGCAUGACAUUCAUGCUCAUGGUGGCACUGUUAUCCGACCCCUCAUGCAUGAGUUCUUUGAUGAAAAGGAAACCUGGGAUGUAUUUGAGCAGUUCUUGUGGGGUCCGGCGUUUAUGGUCACCCCUGUAUUGACACCAUAUGCUGAAAGCGUGCGUGGCUACGUCCCUAAUGCUCGGUGGUUUGACUACCACACAGGCCUAGACAUUGGUGUCCGGGGACAAUUUCAUGUCUUUAAUGCUCCUUUUGAUACAAUCAAUCUACAUGUCCGUGGUGGCCACAUCCUACCAUGUCAAGAGCCUGCACAGAACACGCACUUCAGUCGACAAAAUCACAUGAAGCUCAUUGUUGCUGCCGAUGACAAUCAGAUGGCACAGGGGACUCUCUUUUGGGAUGAUGGAGAUAGUAUAGACACCUAUGAAAGAGACCUAUACUUCUUGGCACAGUUUAAUUUAAAUAAGACCACUUUGACAAGCACUAUAUUGAAAAACGGUUACAUAAAUAAAAGUGAAAUGAUCCUCGGGCUCAUCUACGUGUUGGGGAAAGGAAAUACCCCUGUCAAUGCGGUUAAUCUAAUAUAUAAGGAAAAUACAGUGUCAGUGACUUUUAACCAAGAUGCAGCCAACCAGUUAUUAACCAUUGACCUGCGCACUGAACAUGUUACUCUCGAUGAACCGUUUGAAAUCUCCUGGUCUUGA